UUCUUUUGCCUUGUGGUAACAUGGUACGUUCUUAUAUUUCUAGCUUAAGAAUGGAUAGCAUUUUGCAGCAAUUCACUUGUCACAGAAUUUUGGCCACAGGUAACCUCUGCCUGCCCACAACUAGAACGCCCGCAGAGUCAAAGGUUGUGGCUUGUUUAAGCUAAACUAAGCUGGUUUUGGCUAAGUGUGUCUCAGAUCACUCAAAGGGGAGGCCUUGGUCCCAGACUGAUGGAAAUACUGUCUUAGAGGAUCCUGCCAACUUCAAGGUCUUUCUCGCCCCGGAAAGCUGGCUGGUUAAUUACACACAGUGCAGGCACAGCAAAUUUGCUGAGUUUGAUUUUGGACACAUUGAGUUUGAAGCACCAGUGGCAUAUCCAGCAGCUGUCCAGGAAGCAGGUGGAACCUGAACUUUACAAGAGAGAUUCAGGCUGAAGACACAGAUUUGGGAAUCAUCGUGUAGAGAGGAGAGGGGGCCAUGAUGGAGACAGAAAGAAUACAGGAGAGGGUAAGGUCCAGAGGCCAAGGGUGGAGGAAGUGGUCAUUGAUGUCAAGUGCUGCAGGAAGAUAAAUUAAGAACAUAAUAGUGUUCACUGGACAGGUAAGAUUUCUGAAGAGGACAAGUUAUGCGUGGUGGGUUCAAGUAUCUUGAAGAGGAGGUGGGCAUUUUCUCCAAGAUUUGAAAUUAGGGGAAAAAUGCAAAAUAAAAACCCCAGCAACAAUAACCACAACAGACUGUGAUCUGGGCAGGAGGUUAAACAAAUCUUUAUAUUAUUCUCCUUUGUUUAGAGAAAUUAGCAUUUUGUAGCUAAAGCAUAGAUGGGAUUGGGGGUAGAAAUAGACUGUUCUGUAAUAUAAAAUAACAAUGGGAAGUUGGAGUCUGAUGGCUAGAGAAAGGGAGGGGAAAUCUCAAAAGGAAGAGGAAGACAAAGGGAAAACAUGUCUCAGAGAAAACAUUAAGUUGGGGCCUGACUGAUGUGAGAGAGAGGCUGGGGAAAAACCAGUGGAGUUUGAGAAAUUGCAGUCCUUGCCCUGCACUAUGGUGUAACCCCUACUGGGAGCCCCCUGUUUCAGGAAUGGUGUGCUGCAUCCCUCACCUUCCUAUGCAUCAGUGGUGCUUUGGGGAAGAAAGGAUUCAGGCAGUAUUCAGGGUGGGGUGACAGAGACGGACACUUUCAGCAGUCCAGGCCAGAGUGGAGAUGAAGAAUUCAAUGUGCCAACUAAAAACUGUCACUAGCCACGAUAGUCACUGACCUUCAACAUCCCCUGAAAGGAGUUCAGGGCAGAGAUCAGGAAUGAGGCACUCUGUGCUCUGGGAAAAACUGGCAGAACAGUCCUUCAGACAGUUAUUUUCAGGAGAAGAUUCUACGAGCCCAAAUUCUUGCAUCUUCUCAUAUCUAGAAAAGCACUUAAAUCAUUAACGGAGACAUCUGCUCCUUGUGACCAGCAGCAACCUUCUGCGAAAAUGUGUGCUGAAUUGCAUGUAUGCCCCCCUUACCAAAAUUACACAUAUAUUCACCUCCCCCCUUACCUCUUCAGAGUAGUUCCUCAGAACUAUCUCAGAGGCUGUCUCCUGGGCUAUAGUCCUUAUUUCACCCCAAAUAAAUCUUAACUCACAACUCUCAUGCUUUGCUUUUUUUUUUUUUUUUUUUUUUUUUAAGUCGACAAAUGCAAGCAGGAAAUUAAAGCAAAGGAGGCCAGGGGAAGGAUAAGACCUCCACGUAUCCUUGGCCUUAGUAGAGAACACCAGGCUUCCCAAUAUAGUUGGGAUAGGAUCUUAGAUAUUUUGAAUAUUAUUUGAAUAUUAAAGAAAAGGGUAAAUUUUUGAGGAGCCUACUACGGGUGCCCAGGCAGAUAUCUAACUAGAGCGUUCAAGUAAACAAAUUAAUAGGGCCUGGGCUAGAAGGGUGAGCUGUUUCCGGCAUGUGACCUCCUUUUCUCACUGACAAUGAGGUAAUCUCCUGAGGAUGCUGAGAAAACGUGAUAGAGCUUGAGGAAACAGUUUGGAAAUAGCACCUUGGGAAUCCCCUAUCACAAUCUGUUUCCCCUUGAACUACUUGUGAGCAGGCACGUCUUAAACAUCUUUUGUAUCCUCAUUCGUACAAAUACAAAUCCUCAUUUGCAUUUGUAGCAGGCUCAAUAAACGACAGAAUAAAUGGAUGAAUGGAGGAGGAUGAAUGGAGGAGGACGAACGGCCGAGUCUGAGGCUGCGGAGGCGGUUCAAUCUUAGAGCCCAGCUCAAAGGCAGUGACCGCCAACCCGCACCUAAAAAAAUCAAGGCUGGAGGCCAAGUGAGAGAACAGCGCCCACAUUAUCCCAGUCCGAAGUCCUGCUCCUUUAGGGGGCGGGGCAAGUUCACCUCUGCCCUUCAAUUGACCAAUCCCCGCCUCAAGGGGGCGGGGAUUUCAAUCUGUUUUCCCCCCACACCCUUUAAAGUACUAAAUAUGUUUGGGCGCCGUUCAAACGGACCAAUGAGUGCUCGACGUUUCCUGCGGUUGGGCCUCACCGAUUGGUCAGAGUUCGUCGUCCCGCCCUCCUUGUCACGCCUUUUGCCCCACCCGGUAGCACACAAGAUGGCGGCGCCCAGCGGAGUAGAGGCCGCGCCUGGGGUUUGCUGAGGCUCGUUCCCUUCCCCGUUGCUCCCUUGGGCGCGAAGCGCCGCGAGCCCAGAGGACGGGGGCCGGGCGGGGACAGAGGCACCUGCGUAGCUGGACCGCGAGCCCGCGCCCAGCCUGCGCCGCCCCCACCCGGCCCCGGCCUGGCCCGAUCCCUUCCGUUCCCGGUCUCCUCUCGGUCUGACCCAUUGCCUGGCCGUGGUAUGCCACCACCAGGCCUCCAAAGCUGAGGUUUCUCCUCCAGCCCGGGAUCACCUCCACUUUAGAGAUGUUUGGGCUCUUUCCUCCCCAAGAGCCCGCCUUCAAAACCGGGACUCCUGGACCGGCAUUUGGCCCCCUUUCCCUCCCCUGAGACUCCACUUCCUUCUAACCCACUUCUUCCUCAGAUUCUCCCUGUAUUGGAGACUGCUCACUUCCUUUCCAAAUUAAUCCCCGACCUCCUCCUUCCCCCAAAUAUUGACAGCCCUGACACCCCCCUCAACCGCGAGCCAGACUUCCUUUUGGACUAACCCCCAUAGCUCUAUCAUGGAGGCUGUGUACCUGGUAGUGAAUGGGGUGGGCCUGUUGCUGGAUGUGCUGACCUUGGUGUUGGACCUCAACUUCCUGCUGGUGUCCUCCCUCCUGGCUUCCCUGGCCUGGCUCCUGGCCUUCAUCUACAACCUGCCACAUACGGUACUGACUAGUCUUCUGCACUUGGGCCGUGGAGUCUUGCUGUCAUUGCUGGCCUUCCUCGAAGCCGUGGUUCCCUUCACCUUUGGGGGCUUUCAGGCCUUGUGUACCGUACUGUACAGCUGCUGUUCUGGCCUGGAAAGCUUAAAGCUCCUGGGGCACCUGGCCUCCCACGGGGCGCUUAGGAGCCGGGAGAUCCUGCACCGGGGUGUCCUCAAUAUGGUCUCCAAUGGCCAUGCUUUGCUGCGCCAGGUCUGUGACAUCUGUGCCAUCACCAUGAGCCUGGUGGCCUAUGUGAUCAAUAGCCUGGUCAACAUCUGCCUCAUUGGCACUCAGAACCUUUUCUCCCUGGUGCUGGCCCUGUGGGAUGCAGUGAUGGGACCGCUGUGGAGGAUGACGGAUGUAGUGGCUGCUUUCCUAGCCCACAUUUCCAGCAGUGCUGUGGCCAUGUCCAUCCUCCUCUGGACCCCCUGCCAACUGGUUCUGGAGCUCUUGGCCUCUGCUUCCCGCCUUCUGGCCAGCUUUGUGCUUGUCAAUCUCACUGGCCUGCUGCUGCUGGCUUGCGUGCUGGCAGUGACAGUGACUCUGUUGCACCCGGACCUCACCCUGAGGCUGGCCACCCGGGUGCUCAGUCAGCUCCAUGCCCGGCCAUCCUACCACCGGCUCAGAGAGGAUGUUGUGCGGCUCUCUCGCCUAGCACUGGGCUUGGAGGCCUGGCGCCGAGUCUGGAGCCGUAGCCUGCAGCUGGCGAGCUGGGCUAACCGGGGAGGGGCCCCAGGGGCCCCCCAGGGUGGCCCUAGGAGGGUGCCCUCUGCCAGGACCUGGCGACAGGACCCUCUUACUGAAGCUGGGCCCAGAUCAGAGGCAGAAGAAGAGGAGGUCAGGAUGGCCAGAGUGACAGCUGCCCGGGGCCGGGAGAGGCUCAAUGUGGAGGAGCCUGUAGCUGGGCAAGACCCAUGGAAAUUACUGAAGGAGCAAGAGGAGCGGAAGAAGUGCGUCAUCUGCCAGGACCAGAGCAAGACAGUGCUGCUUCUGCCUUGUCGGCACCUGUGCCUCUGCCAGGCCUGCACUGAGAUCCUGAUGCGCCACCCUGUCUACCACCGCAACUGCCCACUGUGCCGCCGGGGCAUCCUGCAGACCCUCAAUGUCUACCUCUGAAGACUCCCUCCCCGCCUGCUCACCUCUCCACGCAGCCACCGGCGCUAGGACAGCAUUCACACCUGAUCUCUGGGUCCCAGCCUGAAGCCCCUCCUGCCCCUAUGGCCGUCCUGCCGAGCCUCGAAGCCAUACGUCCAGGACGUGGAGAUGGGAAACUGGAAGACUGUGGCUCGGCUGGGGGCAGGGUAACAGCUUAUCCUUACCCAGUGGGUCCCUGUGACGCCGAGGGUGGUGAGUGUGUCACUCUGCGAGGCCCUGAGACUGUGCUCUGUGGGCUCCCCUCCAGCUUGCCAGGGCCCACCCAGAUGCCCGCGUCUGGGGCUCCCCCUCUCCGCUUCUGAUCGUUCUGUUGGGGAUUUGCAGGUUCUUUCCCUGCUCCCUUCCCACUUCCUCCCCCGCUUCUGCAGCCACACACAUCGGUGUCAUUUGGGUGUUUUGGCAACUCAAGGGCCUUGGAAUGAUCUUGAACAUUUGCUUUCAGCUGGAGCCCCUGUGCUCUGGCAGGCUUUGGGGGUAGGAUCUCUCAGGUGCCCUUAGAGCUACUUCUACCAGUCAUGAUCUUAUGAGGCUCCCUUCUGACCUGACCCAACAGCUGGGAUAAGAAUUAACCCCCAGGUGUGUGUGUGUUUGCACCUGGCUUUGGGACCAUGUGUCCUCUGACACCCCAGCACCACUGGGAACCGCAGGGGGGAUAGCCAGAUUUCUACUCCUAUCCCUUUCACUCCCCACAUCGCAGAGUGAAAUGGCAUUCUGUUCGUCUCUCCCUGGCAUCGGGGAGGGCAGACUGUGCACAUUUCACUGGGGUCCAAAUACAGAAGGGGCCAGGGCCGAGAGGCAUGCAGCUCCCUGAGGGGUCUGUCUGGCCCAGGAUCCAAUGAAUGAAGUUCUGUUACAGCUCUGAAGGCCUCUGUGUGCAUCCUUGCAAGGGCGAGCCGUUGUUUAGGGUGAUGGAUGCUGCAGCAGGGUCCUUCAGUCCUGCCGGAGUCACAAGUGUGGUUGGUGGGGGACCUGGCAGAGAGAUAAGAUAGGGUGCCUUGGGGAGAGCCCCUGCCAGGUGUGGCUGGCUUUGCUUUCACCCUGUCUGAUUUGUGUUCUCUCAAGUGCACAGCUUUUGGAAAGCUCUCCUUAUCUUUUCUAUCUUUCCAGAAUUAGCCCUAGGAGAGAGGAGUGUGAACUUGUUCACCCUUUGGGUCAGCCCUCCCAGCUUUCCUCUGGUGCCACUCUUCCCAGGAGGGAGCUUGGGGUUCCUGCUGCCUGGAGUCCAACCUACCCUCAGAUCCCUGGAGUGGUUGGUGGUUGUCGUGUCUCUUGGCAUAGAGUGGCGCUGUGAUGGGCUGGAGUACGGCUGUGGGGCCUCCUGGUGGACAGCUGGGAGGCCUGCCUCUAGCUCACUGGGUCCAGUCGCCAUUGGUCAUAUCCAUCCUCACAUGACCUGCAAGAGAGGGGGGGACACUACCCCAUAAUUGUAUGUUAAAUAUAGGAGCAUGAUGCCAGGGACAGCCUUCUGGAAGGGGGUGGGGGAGGGGAAAGCGGUAGAUGGGAAGAAACUCCGAGGAGAGGCCCCUCCACUUUCUCUUGGGUUGAGAGCCUGAGCUGAUGUGGGCAGGCCAGCCCGGGUUUGUUAGUCAUCGGGUCGGGGGUGGGGCAAGGAGAGGAGCCCCGGAGGGGCUUUGCGGCUAGCCUCAGACUGAGUGGUGUGGCCCAGCUCAGUGAGUGACUGUUCCCCACAGCCACCUUGGAGUUGGGAGGCCUGAGGAAGGGCUCUUUUUACCCCUUCCCCCAACCCUGGAGAGGGAGCUGAGCAUGGGGAGGCUUGGUUCCUUCCAGUCUGUUUAAUGUGAGGAUAAACAUUUUAUGAGAGAAGAUAAACUUCCUGAGCGGGGAGCAAAUGACCCCCUUUUCCUCCACCCCCAUCUGGAAUCCCACUGGCAGAUCUCAAUACUCUUCCUCCUGCUAACCACCCUAGCAGCCAGGAGCUCAGCUACCUAGGGUCAUUGCUGCAUUCUGGAACUGGGGUGCCCCCUCGUGGCCAUCUCUAAGGUGACAUCUCUAGACAUCCAGGGACACUCCACUCCCCUGGCAUGGGGGACAGAGAAAUAGCUUUCCAGUCAUCUAGGGACCAGGCAAGUAGCCAAAGCAGCCAUGAAUGAAAAUCCUGGCUUCCUUUCUGUUGGUCAGGGCAGGGAUGUGUGUAGUGAAGUUCCACCCAGUUCAUAAGACAUCUUUGAGUUAGAAAAAGGGCUCCUCCUUCUGGGUGGCCAAAGUCUGACACCAGGACACCCUCCUCAGCAGGGGCUCCUGUUCACAACCUCCACCGCUUACGCAGCAGGUCUGUGGAGCGGCCUCUCCUUCACCUGGGCCUGCUUCCUGUAUCUCCUGGCCCAUAGCUCCAUCCAGCCCAAGAGCCCUCCCUUCUGCCUGAGCACCCUCCUCCCUCUUCUCCCCAUUAUCAGAAUCUGGGCAUCCCCACCAGUAAAGAAGAAAGGCUG